AUGAGAACACCCGUAUCGCCCUCUUCAUCAAAGUUGCCAGGCUUCGAUCCCCACGAAAAACCAGACCGAUACAAGUUCAAGCCCAAGAGGCAAGGCAUCAUUGGCAGGAUGAAGGAAUCUUGGAUGACGCAGUCCCAGCGCACGAGGUGGAUUAAGACUGCCGCCAUUGUCUUUGCGAUUGUUACCCUCUUCUACUUUAUUUCCCCCAAGGGUGUUGAAGUGUAUCACGAAGUUACCAAGCCCGCUCACGCGAGCAACAAUGGACAGUCACCCUCGGAUUCUUCUUACGGUACCGAUCGAUGCGCCAAGUCCUUCUCCAAGGAUAAGCCUAUCGUCCAGUAUGUUCUCAUGAUCGACGCCGGCAGCACUGGUUCGCGAAUCCACGUCUACAAGUUCAACAACUGCGGUCCUACACCCGAGCUUGAGCAUGAGGAGUUCAAGAUGACCGAGAAGGAAGUUGGCGGUCUGAGCAACUACAAGGGCAACCCUGUGGCCGCCGCUAAGAGUCUCGAUCCUCUCCUCAAGGUCGCCAUGGACACUGUUCCCAACGCUCUCAAGGGCUGCACUCCCGUUGCCGUCAAGGCCACCGCUGGUCUCCGAAUGAUCGGAAAGGAAGCCGCCGACGCUAUCCUCGAUGAAGUCAGACGCCACCUCGAGCAAGAUUACCCCUUCCCUGUUGUCGACAAGGAGAACGAGGGCGUCGUUAUCAUGGAUGGCUCUCUGGAGGGUGUCUACGCUUGGAUCACCACCAACUACCUGCUUGGCAAGAUUGGCGGCCCCGAUAAGAGCGAGACCGCCGCUACCUUCGAUCUUGGUGGUGGCUCCACUCAGAUUGUUUUCGAGCCUACUUUCAAGGGCGCCGCUGACGGUGGCAUGCCCGAGAAGCUUGCUGAGGGCGAUCACAAGUACGACCUUGACUUUGGUGGCCGUCACUUCGAGCUUUACCAGCACUCCCACUUGGGUUACGGUUUGAUGGCCGCCCGCAAGGCCAUUCACGGAGCUUUGAUCAAGGACCUCACCGCUUCCAAGGGUGCUGACAAGAGCUGGUUGAAGGAGCCCAUUGUCAACCCUUGUAUUGCCCCCGGAAUGACCAAGGCUGUUAACGUCACUUUGGACGGCAGCGAGGACCUGACUCUGGUUACCUUCACCGGACCCUCUCAGCCUGCUCCCGCUCAGUGCCGCAACCUGGCUGAGAAGAUUCUCAAGAAGGACGAGAAGUGUGAUCUUGCCCCUUGCUCUUUCAACGGUAUUCACCAGCCUCUGCUGUCCAAGACCUUUAGCAAGGAGGAUGUCUACAUCUUCUCUUACUUCUUCGACCGCACUAAGCCUCUGGGCAUGCCCGACUCCUUCACUCUUCGCGAGAUGCACGAUCUUACCCAGACUGUUUGUAUGGGCAAGACUGCUUGGGACGUUUUCACCACCGUCCCCGAGGCCAUGACGGAGCUCAACGACCGACCUGAGUGGUGCUUGGACCUCAACUUCAUGAUGGCCCUCCUCCACACUGGUUACGACAUGCCUAUUGAUCGUGAGGUCAAGAUCGCCAAGAAGAUUAAGGGCAACGAGCUCGGCUGGUGCCUCGGUGCUAGUCUGCCUCUUCUUGCUGGUGGUUCUGGCUGGUCUUGCAAGGUCAACCAGAUUGCUUAA